CCGGAAGCCGUUCUGAAGUCACAUUGAAGACGAAAGUCCCGGUCACAACAACAAUAUCAGCCCACAGGAAAGGGACCAGCGACGUACAUCCCGAUGACUUUAUUUGGAUGAUCGGAGACCUGAGAAUGUUUAUUUCAAGGGUCGGUCCUCGUCUCACGCUGCUUUGCCGAGUGACUGCUAAACUUCACAGUGGAUCUGUACAAUCUGCCGGUGCUGCUUACUGCCCCUCUUUAAAAGGCAAACUCGGAUGUUACUCAACUGCAGCAAACAACACCUCACCUCCACGAUGGGUCCAACUUGAGCCAGAACUGGAAGAGGCCCUUGUGCCUCGUAAACUGUCAGUAAGCCCAUUGGAGAGCUGGCUCUCUCUGCGUUACUCCCUCCCUCCUCUUGCGGAGGCUCCACAGCCCCUCAGUGAAGUAGAGUUGCUGGAGGAGAAGGUAUUGCCACCAUUUUCUGUCCCUCUUUUGGAGGAUGGGGAGAGCUCAUCAACACCAGUACCCCUUAGUUGUAAGAAUGUUCUGAAGAUCAGAAGGCGGAAGAUGAACAGGCACAAGUACAGGAAGCUGAUGAAACGGACGAAAUUCCUUAGAAAGAGGGUGCUUGAAGGCAGGGGAAAAAAGAAGCAGAAGCGAUUUGAGAAAGAUAUGAAGAGGAUUUGGAGGCGGGCCGGACUGAAGAAACCUCCUGAGGGAUGGAGUGUGCCUAAGCUCUUCAUUAAACAAUACGGAAACAGAAAGGACUGAGCAGUAUUUACACAGUUGCUGCUGUCUCUCACAACACAUUUAUACCUCCCUUACCCGGGACUGCUGUGCGACACACCAGGCACUGCUUUUUCCCACCUCGGAGUCAACACACGGUCUCCAUUCUGCUCUUCGAUGAUGACACAUUUUUCAUUGAUGAGGACAAAUAUUAAGUUAACAUGGUCAAAUAAAAUAUCUCU